AUGAGCGUUAUUGUGCAGGUUUCAGAUACACCCCCUGAACCUGAUGAUACCACUGGGAGCAAUGUGUUCAUUGAUAGCGACUCUGACGGUUGCCUGGAUGACUCUGACCUUAACACCGAUGAUGAAGCAGAGCAGUUAUUGCGAAUCCACAAGCAACCUCCGCCUCCGCCAGAGCAAUACUGUGUCUAUAUCAAGCGAGAUAUAUCAUACGCCUUUGAAGCUCUCUCGGCUCCGUCGCUGAAAGUAUUUCUCGGCUGGGCCUGUGACCAGCACUAUGGGAAAGAUGGUCAAAGGAUACCAGGUAUUGGGACUGUUAGCUCCCUAGAAACACUUUGGAAGCAGUAUUCCCAAGUACACAAGGCCGACACCGGUCAUCCCAUUGAUGAUUUGGUCAUCGCGCAGGCUCAAGGUGUGGUCGCCUUAGUUGCUGACGAGAAGAAACUAAGUCGGGAGAAAAUGUCCAAAGGGGACCAUGUAUGUGAACGACCUUGA